AAGGAAUAGAAGAUUACUGCUUGAAAUAGGUUGGGAAAAAGCUUCAUUUUUUUUUGAUAGUGUGAUUUUUAUUACUGAUUCUCCUUAGAAAUGGCUAUCUAAAAUUCAAUCCGGACAGGAAUUUGAUUGCUGGUGGAGUUUGAAGGAAUAAAGCACAGACAGAAGAUGAGUUUGAGGCUUGGGACAUUUUAAGCAACCAGCAAACUACUGGAUCCUCUUCAUUCUACAGGUGUACUGUUUGAAUUCAGCUAUGGAAACUUGGUCAGUGGAGCAGGUUUGCGACUGGCUUGUGCAGAAACAUUUAGGAGAACUGGUUCCUAGAUUUCGUGAGGAAGAGGUGAAUGGAACUGCUCUCCUGGCUCUAAACGAUCGGAUGGUUCAGCAGCUGGUGAAGAAGAUUGGCCAUCAGGCUGUCCUCAUGGAUCUGAUUAAGAAAUACAAACAGAUGGGCGAGGAACUUAAGUCACCUGGAAAGUUCAGAGAACCGAGUUUCCCAAAGGAGCCUGGAGCAGCUCAGGACAGCAGGGAUGAGCAGCUGUGUGUGCCUGUCAGUUCCGUGGUGAGGGAAUCAUCUCUUCUUCCUUCUGAAAGCCCAGAUGGUGGACAUAUUGAUCAAAGGGUCCUGAAGCAAAGAAAAAAUGCGAAGCACAUUCUAGCAAGGAACAAGGCUUUACAGUGGACCAGAUGCUAUAUUUUGCCUGAGUUUCCCUAUGACGUCAAGUGCAUGUUAAUGGAGCAAAAGUGUCCAGAUCACAGCAUGAGGAUUAGGAUUAUUGAAUUUUUACAGGCAGAUAUGACAAAGUACCUAGAAGGAUCCUUGUACCCAACCACCCAACAGUACAAUGAUGUUGUCAAUGCCCUGCUGCAGGCCUAUCCAUUCCUAGAUGAAGAGGGGAAUGGCUUUUUUCUAUGGAAACGAGCCCUGAAAGAUCGCUUCAAAUAUGUUCGGAGGCCGAUAGAAGAUGAUGAACAGGUGAUGAGAAACAAGUGUAAAUUUGGCCACAGGAGGGGGCAGACAAGGAAGGUUUUGGCGGAAACAAGCUGUGAUGAAAUCCAGAUUGUUCGGAUAAAAGAAGAAGAGGUUAAUUUAGACCCUGAGGUGGAUGACCACAUUAACUGGUUUAAGCAAGAAUUCGUGAAAACAGAAAGGAAUUGGCAAGAAGUGGAUGACAGAAUGAGCAGGACCCUGGAAAUACGAAGAAAGAUGAUUAACAACAAAACACCUUUGAAGGAAAUUCUCAAAAUGUUUCCUUUCUUAAAGUGCCCUUAUCAGCUCUUCAGGGAGUUCCAGCUCCUCACACAUACAGAUAUUUAUAAGAAAACAGUAGAGAUUUUGGAGGCCUAUUCAGAAAAUAUAUUGACUUUCUUUUCAGUGAGAGAUAGUCCAAUUAAUGUUAUGCUGCAGGAAAAACUGAAACAACACACGGAUGAAGACAUUCUAAAAUACAUGAAGAUGACUGCUACAUGUUUGCUUCUGCCAGAUGUCUUUGGCGAUAAUCCCAGUCUGUUUGCUGCUGUGAACGAAGAGGUGCAGGUGUUGACCCCUGUGUUAGCAGUUAAGCACCCCUUCAACAUCCACGCCUGUGAAUUUGCCUUGUACUUAGAAAAAGAAAAGCUGACCCAGUUGGAUGACUGCAUUAUGGCCCUGGCUGCCUUGACAGCUGCGUUUCACGUGUUUGGGAUCCAGUUUCCCAGAGGCUUGCACCAUACACUCCACUUCCUGGAGACAUUAAUCUUCGAUAGACGCAGUCCCAGGCCUCCCUCUCCAAAAGAAAAAACGUUCACAGUGUUAACGACUGAGCAUUUAUGCCCAUUCUGAGUAGCCACAGAACAACCUUAUUUUGAUCAAGGAGGAGCCGCAAUGUGGACUAGUGCUUAGAGUAUGGGCCUCGAGUCAGAAGGACCUGAGUCCUUAUGCCCGCUCUGCCAUUUAUCUGCUGUUUAACCUGGGGCAAGUCCGUUCACUUCUCUGUGCCUCAGUUACCUCAUCUGUACAAUGGGGAUAGACUGCGCCCCAUGUGAGACAUGGACUGAGUCCAACCAAAUUAGCUUGUAUCUACCCCAGAGCCUAGCCUAGCAUGGAAUGAGCACUUAACAGGUACAAUAAAAAAAGGAACUGCAUUUAGUUUAUAGGAGGGUGCUAGGAAUGUUGAUUGAGAAUAGUUAUGGUAAAUGUGUUUGGUGUCUGAUUCUUAGGUUUGUUUUUUUUCCCUGUUAGGUCCAGUUUUUUUAUUCUUUUUCUACGGAAAGUUCAAAAAACCAAGAUAAAUUGCUCUUGCAUUUCUGUGAUUUUUUUGUCUUUUUAAAGAGCUUUUUCCUGCAUUGUGUUCAUGUUCUAACCAAGCCCCAUGUCCGUUUUCAAUUCAAUCCAACGUAAACAAGGCACUUCUUCCUCAUAUUGCCAGUGUCCACCCCUUAUUCUCAUGUUUUGUCUGGUUGUUCUUGCUGGAGAGAAUAGUCGUGCCAAUGCUUUCUAAACAUUUUGUAUACUAAGAUAAAGUCAGUUUCACUGUU